CCGACGUUAUUUUCGUUGGCUGACGUCGGUGGAGAUGGGGAAACCACACCCUGUUGGAUACCAGCACAGUAAGCAGACGUUCCACAUAUGGACCCAGGUACGGCAGGGGGAACAGUACGACUUACAGGACCUCCUCGACGUUCAACGCGUCAAAGACGUCUGGAUGGAAACAACAGCUGAGAAAUUCGCCCCAGGAACCAUCAGAUCCUACCUGGGAUCCCUUAUCCAGUUCCUGGAGUUCACCGUCUCCACCCACUGGGCCGAGGACAUUGGCGAGACGGAAAGGGCCAUCAGCGAAUUGAAGAGGACACAGAAACGACUGCAUCGACGAUCUCAGCAGAGGAGGUCCGAGAUGGAGGUGAAAGCAGUGGCCAACAUGGUGACACCGGAGCAGAUAGUCGAGGUCAUCAACUCAAACUACGUCCGGGCCAUAAGCAUCCGACUUUCGAAAGUAAAGACUUUUACCGACGUGGAUGUCCUUAGACGCGUGAGGAACUAUAUGAUGUUCCGAAUUAUGAUCGACAAUGGCCAGAGGGUCGGAGCCCUGAUGGGGAUCACCCCACAGGUCGUAUCCGACGCAGAAGUCACACAGGAGGGAGCGAUACUAACGGUCGCCAGGCACAAAAGCGGUUAUGUGGCGCCUGCCGUUCUCGCCAUCAUGGAACCCUUGUGGACCAUGCUUAGAAACUUCAUUACUGGCUACCAGGGACUGGCAGGCUACAACCCCCAUAGGAUGCGCGAGGAAUCCAUCUGGAUUACCCUGGAAAACAUUGAUGGACCCGUCCGGCCACUUUCUAGACAGGGCGUCUACUAGGGACUAAACCAGGUAUGGUGUGCGGUGCACGGACCAGAGAACCCGCUCUCCGCCUCCCAGUACCGGAAGGCAGUGGCAACUUAUACGAGGCGGACGGAUCCUUGGAUCCGGGAUAUGCUGGCCAGACAUAUGUCCCACGCCCCGGGGACAAGCGACCGAUUCUAUAAUCUCGCCAGGGCCAGAGACUCGGCCUUCUUCGUGGCCGGAAGGAUUCAUGGAGCCAUCACCGGGCG